AUGCUACCGGAAGAGUCCCCCGAUACCACGUCCCCGAUGGAUCUGAUUACAGCUCAAGGUGAAUCGACCGCAUUUGACCAGCUCGGCCAUGCUGCAAUAGAUCGCCGUUUGACACCUGAGAAAAGAGACAUGGAUUCACAAAGUGAAGCAUCCCUGUCUCUUGGGACAGAUCGCUCCCAAUGCCACGCCAUCAAUAUCACCCGCUUGCCCCAAGAGAUCCUGAGCGGCAUUUUUGGAUUCUUCCAGCACCCAGCUACCGACGGGAAAAGGAUAGACCUGGAAUCCAUCAAAACACGAUUCAGCAAGGAUCAGCACAAGGACAUUCAGAACUUGCGGCUUGUGUGCCAACUUUUCAACACGUUGGCGUCUACGCUGCUGGUGCCCGUCAUCCGUGUUGAAGUAGACCAGCCAUCCCUCGACCGUGUGCUGGCUCUUCUGAAAAAUCCGCUCAUCGCCGCUGGAGUUCUUGCCAUUCAAGUAAAUCUCAGAUACCAUUUUAACGUCCUGGCGGUGGGAUUUUUGGAUUUCAUUAGAUACCGGACGAGCGAUACUCACCUCUGGGAGGAUUAUUUUCUCCAGCUUAGAAGUUCGGAACUACGAAAUGCGGAACUAUCUGGUCAGCCCGUUCCACAGGAGGUUCUUGAGAGGAAUGAUCUUAUGUGCCAAAGAAGCAGGGCCUUCGCUUUCGCGUGCCUGCAACACAUUGGCGAGCAAUCGCCUCAACACUUAAGGCUUAAAACUGUGGAUGAUGCACAGCUUGUUGAGCAAUACUACAGGAUUAUUCGUGUGGCGUAUGAAAACUACAAAAUAAAAUAUCAUGACCAGCAUCGCAUCGCAACAGAGAAGUUGCUUGUCAAGGCGUUGGCAAAGCUGGUAUCUCUCGCAAGCCGUCGGGUGUGCCUCAGCAUUUCUGACGGGGGCUGCAAUCGCGACCGCGGCUUGUUUCCAGACAAUCAAACCUUCAGUAAACAGCUUGAGGCACCGGACGGAUGGAGCGACUUUCGUCCACUAAGGGAGAAACCCAUUGAGGUUGACCUGGUCAGCCAGCUUAGCAUUAUUUGGGACCUUCCGAUCGCUAUUCAUGAAGCAGGGGGCGUCUUGGAUGGAUUUGAGCUCCAGCAUUUAGUCGCAGACAAAGACCACAGAGGCUACAGAAUGCUUUGUCCAGAGUCCUUGUCGCCAGGUGGGCACGACCUUGACCGAUUACGCGCUGCCUGCCAGCAUUUGACAAGAUUUCGAUUUGGAGGCCUGCAACACAGAAAGCAUCCUAAUGAAAGUGCCUCCAGAGAUUGGCAGAUAGGGAAUACUUCAAUCACCGACUUUUUGCAAAGCAUUCUCUCAAGCCGGCAGCUCGAGGAAGUCGAUAUGAGUGAGCCUUCGAAGACAUGUUCACACACACAUCUUUGGCGAGAUUCACGGCUCCUGGGCAAUGUCAUCUCGAAUCUGCAUUGCGCGCAUCUAAGAACUGUUUCGCUUGUGAAAAUAGGCAUGUCACAACGCCAGAUGCUAAGGAUGUUUCAGGGUCUGGGGCUGAAAAUUCGGCUCAUGUCGUUGGACAGUGUCUGGUUGACAGAUGGCAGUUGGGCACAAGUUCUUGACGCACUUCGACGGGCGUUCAACCGACCAGGGCUGAGGUCUAGGCCUAGGAUAUCCAUGACAAGGCUGAAGGGUGGCAAUACUGCAAUGCUAAGAAAGCAACUAGCUGAUGCCAAUGCCACAGUUGAAGGCCCAAGUACGCCAAGCGCGACAAUGGUCCGGGCUAUGGACCUCAAGUUGAUGGAACUGUUUCAAGCGUACAUCACAAGUGACCAGGAAACUGCCAAUCCAGGGCUUGGAAAUUCUGAACAGUGA